CCGGCGAUGACGCGCUUCCUGUGACGCAGUGAGAUUUUAAAACAUUGUCCUUCUCAGUAAUGGCGGCUUCGUUCCCUUCGCUUUCGCUAAAUAACAAUAAAUGGUACUUCACGCGCGAACAAAUCGAAAACAGCCCAUCUCGCCGAGCGGGACUUGAUCCCGACAAAGAGCUCUCAUACCGACAGCAAGCUGCUAACCUGCUGCAGGACAUGGGACAGCGGCUCAACGUGUCUCAACUUACAAUUAACACUGCCAUUGUGUAUAUGCAUCGGUUCUACAUGAUCCAGUCCUUCACUCGCUUCCACCGGAAUGUGAUUGCUCCUGCAGCUCUCUUUUUAGCCGCCAAAGUGGAAGAACAGCCCCGCAAGCUAGAGCAUGUGAUUAAGGUGACCCAUGCAUGUCUCAAUCCUCAGGACCCAUCACCAGACACCAGGAGUGAUACAUACCUGCAACAAGCCCAAGACCUGGUCAUUCUUGAGAGCAUUAUACUCCAGACCCUGGCUUUUGAGAUCACCAUUGAUCAUCCCCACACACAUGUUGUCAAGUGUACCCAGCUUGUGCGAGGUGAGAACCACCUGCUCACUAUAAACUGUGCUUCGUAUUGCUCAGUUAUGGGUACUUCUAGCUCACCAAGAUCAAAGAUUUCACGUCUUGAUUAUGAGCUUCCCUUUGUUGUUCCAGCGAGUAAGGAUUUGGCUCAAACCUCAUAUUUCAUGGCAACAAACAGUCUCCACUUGACCACAUUCUGCCUGCAGUACAGCCCGCCCAUCGUAGCUUGUGUUUGUAUUCAUCUGGCUUGCAAAUGGUCCAACUGGGAGAUUCCGGUUUCCACAGAUGGCAAACACUGGUGGGAGUAUGUUGACCCCACGGUGACCCUUGAGCUGUUGGAUGAGCUCACACAUGAGUUCCUGCAGAUCUUGGAGAAGACGCCCAGCCGCUUAAAACGCAUCAGAAACUGGAAAGCUGCAGGUCAAACUACCAAGAAAUCAAAAGUGCAAGAUGGUGAUCAGUCAGAAGCCAUUUUGAACAUGAUCUCCAUGGCAUCGUCCGACACUACAUUGGCCGGGCUGAUGAGCCUCUCCGCCCCACCCUCCGUUUCCUCCGUGGACUCCUCAGCUGACGACCUUAGCGCUGCUCCCUCAUCCCAACACUGGCAGCCUCCUGCCAAGGAGCAGCCCUCCACCAAUGAGCUUCACGCACCUGCUAAGAUGUCUCUGAGCGAGUAUCGGGUGAAGCAUGCAGAUGAGCUGGCAGCGCAGAAGCGGAAUUUGGUGAAUAUGGAGGCUAGUGUGAAACAGGGAUAUGCCACUGCCGCCCAGGCCCUCAUGAACCAGCAGAGGAAGGAGAAGCACCAUCACCACCAGCAGUCCACCUCUAGUUCCUCAGACCAAAAUAACCCCUCACCUAUCGUCCUGAAGAUCCCACUGGACGAACGAACAGAACGUAGUUCCAUAAAAAUGCGCUUGCCAGGCCAAUCAGGCAGCGGUGGAAACAGCAGCAGUAGCAGCAGUCGAGGGUACGACUCGGAUAUUAAAGUGCGGAUUCGGGUUCCAGAAAGGCGUAGCGGGUCCGGUGAAGAUGGGAAAACUCGCGAGAAGCACCGAGAGCGGUCCAACCACCAUCACCAUCAUCAUCACCAUCACCACCACCACUCCUCCUCUUCCACCACUGGCUCUUCCUCAUCCUCAGCACAAAAACACUCAAGUUCUGCCAGCGCUUCAGGAAGUACCAAAAAGAUCUCAGGUGACUCUAUGAGAACGAGUACUUCGUCAUCCUCGUCCCGAAAAAGGACUCAUCUGCCAGAUGCUUCUUCUGGCACCCAUCCCGCGAAAGUCAGCAAAUCGACCAGAAACUCAUUUCAGUUGCCGACGCUUCCUGGAGUGCCCUCCCACGCGAUGGGUCAGGGCUCCGACAUCCUUCCCUCGCUCCACCAUCAGGGAAACUAUUCACACUCCAAGUUGGACAAAGCCGACACGAACGGCCACAAUACGGGCAGCCAGUCCAACGAGUACCAGGACACGUUUGACAUGUUGAACUCGCUGCUCAGUGCGCAGGGGGUGCAGCCAGCACAACCUCAGAUCUUUGACUAUCGCUCUCAGUAUGGAGAGUAUCGGUAUAGCAGUAGCGCUCGCGGAGGAACCCAAGCACCACCUUUACCCUCAGAACCACCUCCACCUCUGCCACCACUGCCCAAAUAAACCCCUUUCACUCAUCUGUCCACAUACACUGAUCAAAUCAGUCGUCUUGGGAAUCCUGGGUUCCUUUUGUGCAUCUAACUUAGUGAUACAGCAAAGAAUUUACCUGGUGAAUCUUCGCCCUCAUGUUGUCUUGUGUUUUGUGCGAGCGAGUGUGUUCACAACACACAUCUGUGGCAAUAAUGUUAAAAUAGAUCAAAAUUUUGCAAAAAAAAAAAAAAAAAGCAAAAAUGUUAUUUAUUGAAAAAAAAAUUGUACAUACUAUUUUUGAUGUUGCUCAAUUUUAUAUCGGCGCUAACAGAAAAGUCGAAUGGAGUUAAAGGUAUGUAUUACUGAAUGAGAGGGAUCCAUUCUCCUCUUUAAAAAAAAAAGUGUAACUGAAUGCAAAAAGGCAAAUUUUUUUUGUUUAAUGUAUGGAUUGCUAACAAUAUAUGUCUUUUUUUAUUGAGUAUGAUAUUUAUUAUUAGCCUUUUUAAACCAUAGUUAUUAGCAGUCGUUGCUUGAAUGCGUCAGACGAUAUCUGGAUUUAUUUUUAUACUAUUGUAACCUGCUUCCCAGUCUGUAUUUACUUGAAAUGUCGUGUAUGUUUUGAGAAUGGACAUACAAAUCCCCAAUAUUUGCAUCAAAAUGUAUGUUUCUAACAUAUGAA